AUGGCGUUCGUGUGCGCCGUCAUCCUUCGCCUCGUCCUCAUCGCUUGGAGCGCGUAUCAAGACGCAAACUUUGACGUCAAGUAUACCGACAUUGACUACUUCGUCUACACCGACGCCGCGCGUCAUGUCGUCCGCGGCGGAUCGCCGUAUGAACGAGCAACGUAUCGAUAUCCACCGCUAUUGGCCGUCUUACUCGCGCCGAACGUGUUGGUGCACGAAAUGUGGGGGAAAGUGUUCUUCAGCACGUUGGACAUCGCGGUGGGCGGUUUGAUUUUGAAAAUCGGUCGGCGACGCGGUAUGAACGCGCGAGAGCUCAAAUAUGCUUUGUGGUGUUGGUUAUUUAAUCCGUUCACGUGCGCGAUAAGCACGAGGGGAAGCUGCGAGGCAUUGACGGGAGUGGCCGCAAUCGCGUACGGAUUCGUCGUUCACAUGAGGCUGUAUCCAAUCAUACACGCAUUGAUGUUCGUUGCGUUUCUUAAUAAGGAUUACAUGGGCAAUCGCGCUUUGUUCGGUAAGCGAGGAUCCAAAGCGCUUUCGUGGGUGACGGUAGAAAACGUCAAGUUUGCCGUGGUUUCGUCGGCGACAUUUUUCGCGCUAACGGCUGGUUCGUACGCCGUGUAUGGCAUGGAUUACAUCGAUGAGGCAAUUCUGUAUCACGCGCAAAGAAAAGACCAUCGUCACAACUUCUCACCGGCGUUUUACGGGAUAUAUCUGAGCAUUCAUCCGACGACGGACGCUCCAGACUUGAACGGUUCAGCAAUCGUUCAAACCGCCGAUCGGUUGGCUAUGAGUCCGUUGCCCAUGCUUACAGUCGUUCUAUCACUUGGGUUUGCGUUUGCUAGCGACAUGCCUUUCGCACUUUUUGUGCAGACACUCGCGUUUGUAGCUUUCAACAAGGUGUGCACGGCGCAAUACUUUGUUUGGUGGUUCAUGCUCUUGCCACUCGUUUUACCAUCGCUGAUGCGAAGUGCGAAUCGAAAACGUGUGGUGUUCGCCACGCUGAUUUGGCUCAUCGCCCAGUUACACUGGCUGGCUUGGGCGUACGCCCUCGAAUUCAAAGGGGCGCAAGUAUUUGAGAGCGUGUGGUUGGCGUCCAUCGCGUUCUUCGGCGCAAACAUUUGGCUCUUGUUGAACAUCAUCGCAGCGUAUGCGCACGCACCGAUAUUUUCCAGAGGUCGCUUGCAGAAGUUUUCAAAAGUAGAAUAG